GGCAAGGCAAUUGGAAACGAAGAACAGAGCGAAGUUGUGUGACGAAGAAGAUGAAGCUAACAUGGAACAAGAACCCUAAGAAACGACCUCGCGUAGCUUUAUCGAAUUUCCCGGAUCUUCCUUUCGAGAAGGAGGCUCCAGAAACUCAAUCUCAGCGCCAAAUUCGCAAAGAUGAUUUUGAGCGCAGACAAGCUGCAGAUCAAUUGGAGUCGUCGGAGCUCGGAGUGACAACUCACUCGGAAAAUAAUGGGAAAUUCGAUAUUGGAGUCGAAGCUAAGAAUCUCGCAGAUUCGUUUAGAGCACAAGGAGACAAGCUCGCUGAGGAAGGAAAAUACCAGGAGGCUCUAGGGAAAUGGGAAGCUGCUCUUAAUCUUGUGCCUGAAAAUGCAGUCUUGCAUGAACAAAAAGCACAAGUGUUACUUGAGCUUGGUGAUGCAUGGAAAGCGCUCAAGGCUGCAACACGAGCUACUGAGAUAGAUCCAUCGUGGGCCGAGGCUUGGACUACUCUUGGAAGAGCUCAACUAAAUUUUGGCGAGCCGGAUAGUGCUAUCAGGAGUUUUGAAAGUGCAUUAUCGAUCAAUGCGGAUUCCAGAGAGGCGAAAGACGAUUUACAAGCUGCAAAACAACUAAUUAAGAAGAGAGAACAACUUCAGACAUCAGGACAGGACACUGACACUAAACGUUUCGUGGUCGGCGACAAGAAGAUAGAGCCAAACUAGUGAACCAGAGACUUGUACUUAGGUAGAGAGAAGAACUUCGUAGUGUACAGUAUAGUAAUAUAACGAGGAAUCAAGUUUGUUUCUUCAUCAAUCCAAAGAUCUUGUUCUUCAUCAAGGCAAAGACUUGGCCAUUUGUCUGAGAAGAUACUUCUGAAUCUUUCCAGUAGAAGUCUUUGGAAGCUCCUCCUGGAAAACCACAUUUCUGGGAACCAUAUACUUUGGUAGCUUCGUCUUACAAAACUCCCUUAUCUCUCUCUCAGUCACAGUCCCAUCAUGAUACUUCAAGCUCACAAACGCACACGGGGUCUCUCCCCACAUCUUGUCUGGCUUAGCCACCACAGCUGCUUCCUUAACCACCGGGUUUGUGUACAGAACCGUCUCGACUUCCGUGCUGCUAAU